CCGGAGAUCACCGCAGUGCAGCAGCCAACCAGCGCGCAGCUAGCCGAGCCGAGUCCCCACAAACAGCGAACAAAUGGACGAAAUAAUGACACAAAUCAACGGCUGUCAGACUGCCCCCCUCUGCACGGGCCCAUAAACAUGUCCACAGAUGACAGUAUCUCUGAGGAUGUGUCCAGCUCCGGGGCUUUGAGCCAUUGCCAUGCCAGUGCUGACGGGGAUGGGGGUAAGGAGAGCGAGACCUCUCUGGUGUCCUCCGAGGGGACGUCGGCCUCGGGCCCGGCGGUCUCCGAGGACAGACACACAACCUCCCAAACAACAGGAGGCACUGUGGAGAGCAGGCCCUUGGACAUCACACCAGCAUGCAACAAGAUCAGGAGUUUGUGUCUGAGCACAGAUGAAGCAUUCGAACAGGGAAAGAGCCUCCCAUUCAUCAACCCGAGCUCCCUCGAGACCCUUAGGGCUUUGGUGCAGGAGAUCCAGAGCAGCGGCGAGACGGACCCUGAGAUCUGGAAGGAUUGUGAGGGCCGAUGGUUGCAUCUGUUUCAGCUGGUUGAGAAGCAAUACCAAGAGCAAAUACUCGCUCAGCAAGAACAAUACCAGUGCCAAAUACAGUUAAUUCAGGAUGAAAUUAAGGCCCUGGUUCAGCUCCAGAACCGCCAGGCCAGCUUCCAGGCACACACAGAGUUCUCUCCAACUCCAGUGACCAAAACUACCACAAACACAAAGGCCUAUAUUUUCCCCUUACUCUCCAGUGACUGCAAACAUGUAGCCAGUGACAAUGACAGCCUGGCCGCCCCUGCCCAUACCCCUUUUAGCUCCCCUUCACCUCCACUCCAGAGAUCAGAGACCGCCAUCCAGGGGGAGGAGCGGGCGACCACAGUGCUCAGCAGUGGAUACGGGACGCUCUCUGCUUGGGAAACAACCCUGGAACCUGCUGGGUCUCCUGGGAAAGACGAGGACGGUAGUCAAGGGAGGGAGAAGCAUCGUUGGUCCCCGAACUUCCAGGAAGCCACAGAGACUGCUGUGCUCGGGUGCCAGAAGGGUUUUUCCAAUGAGAGGACUCUGGGAGUGGAGGAACCUAACACAUUAGUGUACCAGCAGAGAACCUCCGGCACCAGCCAACUUUUGACCUCCUGGGCCCAGAGGCAGAAACUCAGGCCCAAGAAGAGCAAAGCAGGACAAACUUCCCCCCAAGUUCCCGAGUACCAGGAGCAGCAACGCAGCCUCGGAGAAUCCCACAAACAAAACCCCCUGGAGAGCUCAGACUCCCAGGACCAGCAGCGACCGCCCGGGCCGUCGUCCAGCUCCUUUCCCCUGAGGAGGAGUGACAGCCUGAUGUCUGAGGCAUCAGGCCUCACUUACUGGCGUCUGAAUGAGAGCGAACUGUAUCAUCCCCUACCAGACAGCUUCGAUAGUGGCGCUUACCUCCUUCUGCAAGAGGCGUCUGUGAGUCUUACUCCGUCUCAGGAGCCUCGGCUGUCUCUCAAAGAGAUUUAUCAGAACAAGCAAAGAACAGACUGUAAACGCUCAGACUGGGAAGGCUCUGUUACAUCCAGUCCUUCGUCACCACAGGUGUUAACUUUGGAUCCAGCAGCUAACCAGCGGCAGUCAGAUCGUACCUCCGGCUUCACUUCGCCCUCUCACUUCAGCAGCCCUUCGUUUGCAGCUCAGCCCCACCUCUACCCCAGAGUAGGGACCCCUGUAACCCCGGACAGCAUGGUGGAGGGCAGCCACAACCCUGGAGAUACAGACUGUAUCUCUGAUACCUCCAGUGUUUCAGCUGCCGGACCUUCCCCUUCUAAGGUGCAAAGCAUGUGGGGAAACACAUCCCAGGCAGUCCUGUUUACCUCCCAGGAUAAGACCCAGCCCUGCUCCCACACAUCCAGCCAGCAACGCAGAGCCAGUGCCCCCUUAGCCAGCGAGGAGGAGGGCAGUCACACCCACACCAGCACCCUGAAGCCUUGUUCAGCCUCUGGUGCCACUCUGCGGCCCGCAGUCAGUCCACACAUGGAGAGAGCUUCAUCACUAGAGGAUCCUGUUGUCCUUUCUCUACUAAGGCAGAACCUGAGAGAGAAGCACUCUCGACACGUGGCUGAUCUGAAAGCAUAUUAUGAGUCUGAGAUCCAAAUCCUGCGAGACAAACUGAAGCUCAGCGAUCUGCCCCAGGACUUAGAGAAGAGCAACCAGGCCCUCUCAAAGAGGUGUAAGCAACUAGAGAAAGCUCUGGCUGAGGCCACCAGUCGUAUUCAAGAACUAGAGGCAACAAACAGCUCGCUGGAGAAAAAACUGGCAGAGUGGCCGGAGCGGUAUGCCGUAGCUGGAGCUACUGUGAAAUCCUUGCAGCAGCGGCUAGAAGAAAGCAAACGCUCGGGCAAAGAUAAGGACACGCUGGUAGCACGCUUGAAGACCCACGUACGGCAGCUGGAGGAGACGGUGCAGAAAGCCGGCAGGGAGGCAGACGAGAAGGAGGCCAGGAGGGAGCGAGAGUACAAGAUGCUGCAGGACCUGCUCGGAGAAUACGACUCUCUGGUGAAGGAACAUGAGGGACUGAAGAACAACUUUGUGUCAACAGAGAACAAGCUUUUCGAUGCAAAUGAGCAGAUAUCAGACCUGAAGAGAGUAAUCUCUAAACUGGAGUCUCAGGUGAAGCAGCUGGAGCACGAGAACCAGGCCAGGGCACGUUAUGCUUCCCACAGUAACACGCAACCCUCUGGGGCCGGUCUUUUCCACCAUCCUGACCUGCUGCUAUCACCCAGUAAAAACAAGGCAGAGCCAGACGUCACCCGCAGGAAGUCACCAUGUCCUCUAUCAGACCAGAUAAACAGCGGCAGAAGAUCUCCUUUCCCUCAAACUAACCAAUCAAAUAGUCACAAGAAGUCAAAGUAUUCGUUAAAUGAUCAAACAUCGGGGACUGGAAGCUCUGUGGACGCCUCAUCAGCCGGUGGAAGCUGGAGGUGUGCGUCUCCCCCAGAGUGCGAACAGUCUCUGCCUCAGCCCAGACACCAGGAGCAGGGCGCCGGGCAGCGGGAGGCCGGUCGCAGAGAGGCGUCCUGUGCCCUGACGCCCAUGAUGAGGGCCCUGAUAGAGCUGGAGGAGACCAGAGCGACAGAGAGCCGGGCCCCCUGUAAGAACAGCUCCACCACCCACAGGGUCGGCAAUCAGAGGACCACAGUUGGGUUUGUGGAGCGGAGGCACAAAGAUGUGAUUCAGGAGCGAGCGGGGCUUCAGGCUGACAGGGAGGUGGUCAAACCUGGAGGAGUUGUGAGCAGAGCUGAGCGAGGAGGAGGAGGAGGAGGGAAAAGUCUCAGCGGAGCAGAAACAGCCACAGCUCUGCUGAUAGCUCAGAGGAGUUUGUCUCCGGAGGGCCACAGAUCCUCCUCCCUGCCUCCUCCGGCACAUCGAAACAUACCCCCGACUACGCCCACAAAGAGAGAAACUUUACUCAUGCCGCUGUCUGCGAAGUCCAGUCCUAAACGCUGCCCCACUGAGAACUACUCCACUGCGUUCGGUCGCCCGAUGCCGAGAGAGGAACACCUGCACAAAAGGUUUGAUGGAGAAGUCGACCAGAGACGUCAUUCGUUCCACAUCGGCAGUCCCAGGAAGAGACUCCAGUUUACGUCAGCGGACAGAGAAGAUGACCUCCAGCAUCCCUCCGGCAGCGUGAACCCGCUUGAGGGAAACUCCCAGCUGGGCUGGGAGGAGCAGGGAGCCUGUAGUGGAUCUGACCCGCAGGACUCCUACGAGGACUCGGCCCCACUUCUCCUGGACAGACUCCACUCGCUGGCUGAGGCCGAGAAACUGUUUGACGAGCUGACGCAGGAGAAACUGCAGGUGGCCUUAGAGAAUCGUCUGGACAGAGUGAAUCGUGAGCUGGGAUCCAUCCGCAUGACUCUGAAGAGAUUCCACGUCCUCCGCUCCUCCGCCAACAUAUAGCAAUGUCUGUCUUUUUACAUCACAGUGUAGAUGCUACAAACUUAGUGUCUUGGUUUUAUACACUGCACUGAUUGUCUUUCAGUAUUUUUUCUGUGCCAUAAGUCCACCUGUACAGCAACUCCACGGCAUCGUUUUUAUAUACGUAUUAUUACUCGGGGAUAUUUUUUAUAUUGUAUGAAAGAUAUAUUGCAAUUUUUUGGAGUAUAUUUUUAGUAACACACAGAUUUGUAAAAGUCGUUUACUUUUUUAGUCAGAAAAUAUUAAUAUGAUAUGUUUUACUCGCCAUAUUCAGGUGUGGAUUUUUAAAAUCAGCCAUGUUUGAGUGUAAAUGUGAACGAUUUAAAAAAAAAAGACAUUUCCAGCAGAGACAUUCAUCCAUUUGGGAAAUAUCACUGCCAUUUUUAAAUGUUUUUUUUUCCAUUUGACAUGACUUAAAAUGUAUUUAUUUAAUGUUUUUGUACGUCAGAUUUAAAUUUUGGUGCAUUUUACAUGUUUGCUUUUGUAAGUAGGUCGUUGUUGUUUGUUUUGGGCCAAAUUUGUCAAACUUGAAGGAAAUGUUUGUUUACUUGAAUCAAAAAUCGCCUUUUUUCUUCUUAUACUUUCCAUUGCUACUUCGUCACUUUGCUUUAUAAUUUUAAAAUUUGCUACAGGACUGGACCCUCCAGAUCAGAACCACUUGUACAAUCCAAACCAGCACACUUUCAGUACAACACACACAUUUUCACACCGUCGGUUGUUUCUCGUCGAGCGAUGCUUGUGCAUGAAAUUGCACUGCUUCCUUUUGCCAUGCAGUUUUCCUACCUAACAUGAACUUCACUGGAACUAUAAUGUUGUUGUUGCACAAUAAAUGAAGCUUUUUUUUAUAUAU